UAAAAGUAACACAAACACAAGAAAGCAUAUACUUUCUACUCUAUAAUUUCAUUUACAAUUGUCUAUAGUAACCCUACAAGCAUGGCACUCUUCAAGAACAAACGCAUGAUCUUCUCAUUGAUCUUGGUGUGUCUCAUUGUGGUGUCUCCAGUGGCUGAGGCUCAGCUUGGUCUUGGUGGUAUUGUUGGUGGUCUUGGGGGCCUUGGUGGUCUUGUUGGUGGUAUUGUUGGUGGUCUUCUCAAUCUCGUCAAUGUCAAUGGGGUUAUCUUUUGCUCUCUCAAUGGCGCUCUCAACGGCACUUCUACUCCCGUUUUCGCUAAUGCAGGAGUUCAGCUCCAGUGCGGAAGGCAAAACAGAGUUGUUUCAACUGCGACCACGAACGCUGCCGGAUUAUUCUCGCUUCCUACAAACGCAAUUCAGAUGUUGCUUUCCACACUUCUCUCUGAUUGUAGGGUCGUCGUGACGACCCCUCUCUCCACCUGUAACGCUGAACUCCCUUCUGUCGGCAGCCUCGUCUCACGGUUAACCAUGAUCGGAAGCAGCGUCUCCGGCCUCCUCAGCAUCGUCGAUAUCAUCCCUGCCGGCUUUAAUCUCCUUAACUGAUUCCGAAUUAUAUGUAUGUUCGGUUACAGUGUGUUUCCCUUCUUUUAAUAUGUUUUGUCUCAUGGCCAUUUACGUUUGCUUGCGUAUGCAUGAAUAAGGUCUAGACUUAUGUCUCAAUCUUCAAAGUCUUCUGUUGUAAUUUUGUUUCCAGGUUUUUAAAUGUAUAAUGCUUUUGUGAAA